CCAUUAUCGCCAUCACAUCCGCCGCCUUUGCGAGUUCCCACUAUCGCACGGUUUCCCUUGCGCGUCAGCCAGCGCCAGGACUUCGAGGGAUCUACCCAACUUCUCCACCGCGAUAAUACACUGCCCACGACACAUAGGAGAGCCAGGCGGGGACCGUCACGGCGCGCGCAGUCUUGCGCUACCCUUGUCCUAGAAGUGCUGGGCUGAUCGCGGGGCGACUGUUCCUGUCCAGCUGAAUGCACUUGGAAGGUUUGACAAGAUGGCCAGUACUGUUGCUGUCACGCCUCCACCUCCGAACGACUCGCCAGGCAACAAGACGUCAAAGAAGAGGGAGAGCGACGCCACCCCAGAGGGCAAGCCUAAGAGGACGCGCACGGGAUGCUUGACGUGCAGGGAAAGGCAUUUGAAGUGCGACGAGAACAAGCCCUGUUGCAACAACUGCGCAAAGUCUCAGCGCGAUUGCAAUUGGGGCAAGAAACUCAACUUCCUUGACACCACAUGUGAAAAGAACGCCUAUUUGAUCCCCAAGGGCGCCGAAUAUCAGAUUGCCUUCCAGGAUGAGUCGAGAAUCAUCGCGGCCGAGUAUGUGGGCGGACGAGAGAUGUAUCCUGCGGAAGAGACUGACACAUACAUACCUGUGACCGGGAAUGGUUUCUCAAUGGGCCUGCCUGGUGGUCUUGCACCUCCGCCAGCUGCACACCAGCUCCUUCCGCCUAUCCAAGGCAUGGCUCAGGAGUCUUAUCAACAGGCACAGCACUACAGCUACGAUCAUCAGCAGGUCCCACAGCAGCACCACGGACGCGCCCACUCCAGCUACUCCAACUCGAACCGAUCGCCGUACGCCAUGGAUCAUGCCGCGAGCCCAGCGCCCGUCCCAACCCGCGACUACCUCAAGUCACAGGAAGAGGUGCUCUACAUGCAAGUGUUCGUUGAGGAGAUUGGGAUCUGGAUGGACAGUAUGGAUGCGCACAAGCACUUCUCACGUCUAAUCCCAUUCCACGCGCUGAACGAGCCCAUGCUGCUGAAUGCGUUCUUAGCAUGUGGUGCUCGUCACCUGGCACUCGUGAACCCAAAGUACAGCGAAGAGAAAGCCUUACACUACUACGACAUUGCGACACGGGACCUACUGCACUCCUUACAAGACCCAGACCGCGACACGAUCCUUUGUGCGACCACAGCAGUCAUCCUGAACGUCUACGAGAUCAUGGGCGAACGAGCGUUGCAACGCAUGAACCACAUCGCCGGUGCUCGAGCGUUGAUCAAGGAAUGUCGCUGGAACGCACGCUCGAUUGGUGUUGGUGCUGCCUGCUUCUGGCUGAACGUUGGCAUGGAAAUCCUAAGUUGCCUCCACUUCAACUGGCAGGUAGCUUGGGAUCCUGACGACUGGGGUGUUGAGCUGGACUUCUCGCCAGAGACCGAAUCCGGGAAGGAGGAGACUUGGACUCACAGGAUCUUGUACAUCGUUGCGAAGACCUGCAACUACCGCGCAUCAAUACCACGGAACCCAGACAUCGCGAGACAGACGCUACAAGACCGCCACAACGAGUGGCUACGCCUGAAAGAUAUGACGGAUCGGUGGAAUGAGGGCAUCCCCCGCACCAUGCACCCUAUGGCAUACCUGUACCCAGGCCAAACGAUUUCAGGUUCCGCUUUCCCAGAAGUGUGGUUGAUCAAGCGGACAUCCAUCGUUGCUAGGCUUUUCUAUCACACAUGUCUAGUCCUGCUUGCACAGAUCAAUCCAGUUCAUGGGUCCAACGAGCCAGAGAUGUGGAGCAUGAUCGAGCAAAACUCGAAGUUCAUCUGCGGUAUCAGUGCGCACGUCAAGGACCGCGGUGUUGCAAGUGUGGCUCUGCGUUCUCUCGCUAUCGCUGGCGAGUGUCUUACAGAUCGAAGGGAACAAGAGGAGGUCCUCCAGAUCUUCGACAAGAUUCGUCAAGAGACAGGCUGGCGGGUUGGUUUCGUAAACACAGAGCUGAAGGCGAAGUGGGGCUGGGAUGCGCAAGACCAGCAGCAGGCGAACGGCCAUGCUCAAGAUGCGAACGCAGCCUACCAGCAGCAACAAGCGCAUCAGGCCCAAGUCGUCGUCCAGCAGCAGAUGCAGCCUCCACUGACGCAACCUCCGGUCAUACGCUCAAGACCUCCACCAGGCUUCGGCAACCCACUUCUUGUCGCAGACUUUAACAUGCCUCAACAUCCUUACCAGAGCCAUUACGUGCCGGCGAACUUCAUACAGCAACAACAGCCGGCAACGCUUCUCCAGCCACCCAUUGCCGUAGUAAACGGUUUCGGCGGGCAUCAGUUUUACUGAAUCCUUGUUGCUAUACACUUCCAGCCUGCGG